GUAUUGGGAGUGCAUCUCUUGCCUCUUCUGAAGGAAUAGGAGACUGAAGGAUUUUUUAGAUUUGUGUCCUUUGAAAAGCCAAGUAGCAAGAUGCAUUUAAACUUACUGUUAAACUCUGCCUUACGUUUAGGUUAUCUGAGAGUUUAUGAUGGCAUUGACAAACUUCCUUGGAAGAAGUACUGUCUGCUCUGUUCCAUAGCUCUGUGAUCUAUGGCAGCAUAUUCUUAUUUUGUACAAAUCGGUGAAUUAAGCGGAUGUCCAAACGCCACUCCAUGGCUCAUCUUGCAGCAAUGUCUUGGUGUACAUUGGUGUUCUGGUCUUGGUCAGCUCUUUAAUGCACCAUUGCACGGCUGCUUGUGUUGGGCACUGAAACAAGAGUCACUUCUACUCUUGUACUUUUAUUCCCAGUUCUUACCAUGUUAUUCCCAGUCCUUUUCAGGUAGUUUACCUUGGCUCUCCAGUUUUUCCUGGACAUCCUGCAAUUGUCAUGCUAAUCAUGAUUUUGAACCUGCCACCUUCUACAUUUAUCAUCAUGCAACAUGGUUAUAUUUUUGUGGGUUUUUGGUUUUUUUAUUCUUUCUGGGCCGGUCGAAAUUAUGAACUUGCAUAUGAAAUACUAAUCGCCUGCACUCUGAAUUAAUGUGUAUUAAUUUAGACAUUAAAUUAAAUGGCUGGCCAGGAUAGGUGGUAGGUAAUUUGUAAUGGUGUUUCUUUUGUUUGUUUUGGGUUUCUUUCUUUUAUUUCAAAAAUGUGAGGACUUCUGAAAUGAUGCCACAAUGUGCAAGUUUGGUAUAUUUUCAUGGCUUUUGCAUGUAUUUUCCGAUAUUGUUCAUUAACUUGGUAUUUGGUUGGAUCAAUUCUCCAUAUCAUGUCAUAUUUUGUCACCUCCUACAUUACCCUUGCUUCGGUAUUUUUAAAAUGGUUCUGUCUUCCAUUACAAGUUUGUCUGUAAAAGUUUUUUGAGGUGUUUUUUUUUUUAAUUAACAAGAGUCUUUAAAAACAAUUGCCUUUGAAUGUUUAUACAUCUCUUUAAGAUUUACUUGCCUCUCUCAGAUUAAGGGCAGUGCGCGAGUUUUCCACUGUUCUCACAAAAACGUAAAUCUACCCCGGGCCUGCGGCCAGUCCAGCCGCCGCCAUUAUCAGGGCCGCGCCGCGCCCGGGGAACUACAGCUCCCGACGGCCCCCGCGCCGCCGCGCGCAGAGAAGAUGGCGGCCGCCACGGGGCGUGCGGCGGGAGCGGCGCCGGCGGGAUACGCGGCUCUGGCGGUGAAGUUCGCGGAGCGGCAGCGCUCGCACCACUGCCUGUUGGUGAAGGAGCACCAGGUGCGGGAAGGGGCCGACACCGCGCACCCGCCUCGCCGCACCCUCUUCGUGCUCAACGUGCCCCCGUACUGCGGCCCGGACUCUUUGUCUAGGCUGUUCUCUCGCUGCGGGCAUGUGCAGUCUGUGGACAUCUGUGACAAGCCGGGGCCAGGAGAGAAAAAAGAUAAACUGGCGUCGAAAUUCUUUGACCACAAAACUCAAAAGGGAUUUCAAGUAGCAUAUGUGGUGUUCAGGAAACCAGCAGCUGUCCAGGCAGCCAAGGCUCUGUCACAGGAAGGUCCCUUGCUAAUAUCAACAGAGAGGCACCCUGUGAAAACCGGCAUUAGCAAGUGGAUCGCCAGCUACGAGGCCUCUAUUGUGGAUCCAAAGGAGCUGAAGGCUGAGGUGGAUGCCUACAUGCAAGACUACGAUAAAAAGGUGGCAGAGGAAGAAGCCAAAGCAGCCGAGGAGGAGGGUGUUCCGGAUGAGGAAGGCUGGGUGAAGGUGACCCGGAAGGGCCGGAAGCCCGGCCUGCCCCGGACAGAGGCUGCCAACCUGCGCCUGCUGGAGAAGGAGAAACAGAAAAGGGCCCGCAAAGAACUGCUCAACUUCUAUGCCUGGCAGCAUCGCGAGACCAAGCGAGAGCACAUUGCCCAGUUGAGGAAGAAAUUUGAGGAGGACAAGCAGAGGAUCGCACUGAUGCGAGCCCAACGCAAGUUUCGGCCAUUCUAGGUUGUGCUGAGCUGUUCUUGAGGUGCCUAUGCUGGAGAGGGUAGGAGAGAUGCCUACUGACUCUAUUUGCCAAAGGAUUUUGAGGAAUUGAGGCAGCUUUGGGUUGCCUCUACCCUUGGAUCUGAAAUGGGAGAUCCCAGCAACUGCUGCUGGAGAAGAGUUCCUUUUACUUGCACCAGUAUCCUCCUGCUCUUCUGUCAUUCAGCCCCAUGGCACCACUUCUCAGGGCGCUCAGGUCAAGGGGCUGAGGCACAUCCUGUGACAACAUGCAUCUCCCUGCCACCCAAAACUACACCUCCUAAAGCUUGGUGAGAACUGGAAUUGACCUAGUGCAGCCUCUGCAGGGGCAGGGAAUGGCUGAAGAACUGUAAAUAAACUGCUGCUACUGUUUUCAGAA